CGCCACUUCCCGUCCAGGCCUCGCCUCCUCCUGAGGGGACGCCACCAUGAGCGGCGUCGCAAUGCUGGGGCUCCGGGGAAGAGCCACUGCUGUUGCAGUUGCAGCCGGCCCUGGGCUCUUGAGGGCGGGGAGGCCUAGUAGUAGUAGUAGCAGCAGCAGCGUCUGCCGCCGUCGAAGCAAUGAGGCCUGCGCCCCUCCGCCGAGCCCAGUGCGGAUCGGCUGCGCUUCGGGCUUCUGGGGAGACACUGCGGCCUCAGUUCCUCAACUACUGUAUGGAGGGAAGCUGGAUUUCCUGGUUUUUGAUUACCUCUCUGAAAUUACAAUGUCUUUACUAGCUACUGCCAAAGCAAGAGCUCCAGACUUGGGAUAUACACCUGAUUUUGUAUUAACUGCAGUAGCUCCUUAUAUAAAGGAUAUACACAGAAAAGGUGUUCGCAUUGUCAGCAAUGCUGGGGGGAUGAAUCCACUCGCCUGUGCUGCUGCUCUCCAGCAGGUGGCAGAAAAGGCUGGUGUUGGCUUGAAGAUAGCUGUGGUUACUGGUGAUGAUUUGAUGAGAGAGUUAAACAACAUUAAAAAGGCUGUUUCCAAAGGAGAUAAUGGGAUGCCAUUUCCAGAAAAUAUCCAAAGCAUGAAUGUUUAUUUGGGUGCAAGACCAAUAAGUAGAGCUCUUGACCUAGGAGCAGAUGUUGUAGUGACUGGAAGGUGUGUUGACAGUAGCCUUGUACUGGGACCACUAAUUCAUUCUUUUGGUUGGAAUAGAGAUGAGUUCAACCUCCUAGCAUCUGGCAGUCUUGCAGGCCAUCUGAUUGAAUGUGGUGCUCAAUGUACAGGUGGAAUAUUCACUGACUGGCAUACUGUACCAGACUGGCAUAACAUCGGUUUUCCCAUAGUAGAAUGUUCUUCUGAUGGAAGUUUUAUUGUAUCCAAACCACCCAACACAGGAGGCCUGGUAUCUUUUGGCACAGUGGCAGAACAGUUGGUAUAUGAAAUUGGUAAUCCUAAGGAGUAUCUCUUACCAGAUGUCACAUGUGAUUUCUCAGAUAUUUCCAUUACUGAAAUCCCAGGAGUUGAAGGCGGUGCAGUGAAGGUUCAGGGAGCUAAAGGAUCGCCUCCUUCAUCCUAUUACAAGGUGAAUGCCACUUAUCUUGAUGGAUUCAGAGCUACAGCUUGCUGUCCCGUGGGAGGCCCAAAAGCAAUAGAAAAGGGCAGAAGAACUGGUAGAAGUAUUUUGGAAAGGACUCGCAUUAUGUUUGAUAAACUGGGAUAUGGGGAUUACAGUGCAGUUAACCUACAGAUCUUAGGUUCUGAGGAAACAUAUGGACCACAUGCCAAACAGAAUAUAGAUGGAGGUCUUCGAGAAGCUGUUAUUUGGCUUGCUGUACUUCAUAAACAGAAAAAAGCUGUGGAAAUCUUUUCUAGAGAAAUUGCUCCAGCUGGAACUGGAAUGGCACCUGGUCUCACUGGAAUUGUUGGAGGUCGCCCAAAAGUAUCUCCAGUUCUGAAACCAUUUUUCUUCCUUUAUCCAAAAAAGAAUGUUAAGAUUGACAUAUUAAUGAAUGGACAGCAUGUUGAAACAUUUGAAGAAGAUCUUUCAUUCACUUCAGAUGCACCUGUUUCUCCUGAGGAGCUCAAGACUCAUGAAGAUCUCAAAGAUUUACCAAGUGGUCCACAUGUAUAUCGCCUGGAAGAUCUUGCCUAUACCAGGAGUGGGGACAAGGGCAACUCAGCAAACAUAGGUGUCAUAGCCCGCCAUCCCCUCUAUUAUCCAUACCUCAAGAAAACCUUAACUACUCAGGCCAUCGAAGAUUAUUUCCAACAUCUUUUAGAGAAAGGAAAGUCUGGAGAGAGCUUGGUCACAAGAUAUGAGCUACCUGGAAUAUAUGGACUGAAUUUUGUACUAAAAAAUGCCCUUGGUGGUGGCGGCACAGCAUCACUGAGAAGUGACCCACAAGGCAAGGCAUUUGGGCAGAUGCUGCUGGACUUCCAGAUAAAAAAAGUUCCAGAUUUGAAGUCUUUGAUAGAAUAGGAUCAUUAUUCUCAUUCAGUUUUGAAACCACAUUAAAUAAAUAUCAAGCAAAAAUAAUUUAUCAAGAAAAAAAAUGAAGAAAGUCUUAAAUGUGGUGGCAAUUAUCAGUGAGAGAUUUAACUAAGCAGUGAUAUGAGAAUGUUAGGAGUAAUGCCAGAUUUGCUGCUGUGUAAGUGACUGGUAUUUCCUGUCUACUGCUUUGGAUGAAGAGCCUAUAUCCUACAAUUAUAAUUAAACAAUAAAUGAAUAUUUUUAUAAAAGAUAACUAUUGUCCCAAAAUAAAAGUUGCCUAGCCUUCUCCAUUGCUUUUCCUUACAGCAGUAACAAUUCCCUUUAUAGAACCUGUCUCCAAUAAAAAUCAUUAUAUGCUAA